UUGCAGAUGAAAACAAAUGAUAUUACAUGGCACUCAUAAGAGAGAAGCUAGAAUAUAUUUAUUUACAUAAUGUAGAUAUAACAUAGUGAUUUAACAGCAACUUCUCAAGAUUUGGGAUAAGUGGAUACAUUUGAUUAUUUACUGCAUAGAGGGUAGGGUAAACACAUAGGAGGCCCCCCCAUUGAGUCACGAGGUUCAGAGUGGACACUCUUCCUUCUUAAACUUGAUCAAUGAAGGUAAAGAACCCAAGCACAGCUGGAUCCACUCCUAGUCCUAGAUUUGGUCAACAGUUUAUGUCUAAAUUAUUAUAUGUGCACACUCAAUCUAAUAUAUAGUCUUAGUGAAGCUAGUAGAGCUUUCAACCAAUAUAAGAUGUGAUCUUAGCAAGGCUAACAAAGCCUAAAACGCACUAUUAGUCACUUACCAAGGAUGUGUAUCAGCAUGCUGUCUUGACAUCAAGUACGAGAUCUCUCACAGGCAUAACCUCAACGGGAUUCCCUACUCACGGGAAGAUCCUGUUGUGCAGCCAGCUGCUGUGCAGGAGAGCUCAAGGUAGGCUUUUGGGCUGACUCCCUGUUUAUGGGGUAUGAUUGACUCAUAGCUGCCAGUUUGCUUUUUAGGAGCGUGCUCAAUUGGUCUUCAGCUGUUGAACAAGGUGUCUGCUAUCAGCUCUUUCAGGCCCCCAAGUCUGAGGCAGAUUUGUGGUUGUUAACCUAGCUUAGCAAAAGCAUUAUCAGUACUGUUGCUCAUUGUCCAUUGGCCUUGUCUGUAAGGUCAGGUCUAAGGAGGCAGUUGAGGGAAGGAAGACCGUGGGUGGCAGGGAGCAUACUGUUACAUCACCACACUGAAUGGAGUGUUUCACUGUGAGGCACAGGUGUGAACAACCAGAAACAAUCAGAUAUUGAACAAGGCACAGUCACAUGAACUAGAAAUUUCUGAAACCACUGUGGCUGGAAAAUUAAGCCGUAGCUACACAAAGGCUACAGAAAUAGCACCAGGCUGGCAACAAACACCCCUUAUAUUGAGGAUACCCAGCACUAGAAAUUGUGUGUUAACUGUAGCUAAGCCUGUUUCUCCGUUCUACAGAAGUAUUUUGGUAAUGCAGUUUCGUUUAUUUGCUUGUAGCCACACUGAAAAAGUAACAAAUAUUGUGGGAAUAGAAAAUACACGGAUGUAAGCAGAGUUCUGAAUUUACACCAGCAUAAAUGACAGCAAGCUUAGACUCAAAUUUGCAUCUGAAUUCCUGCAAGGGGCGGUUGGGAUGUGACUGAAGAGUUUCUCAGCCCUCCUGAGCAAUACAUCCGUCAUGGUUUGUGCCCCCGAGCAGGGCCAGAAGCACCUGAUGCUGCUAUGGGGGCACUCUGUGCUCGGGCUCUACAAGAAGGUGGGUAUGGGUAAGUCAGGCCUCCCAGCUGCUCAGGCUUCCUAAAUACUGCCAGCCUUGCGUUUUAUCAAAGCUGCCUGUUUGUUCCUGUGGCAAACCCCCCUGUCAUGGAAGAGUGGCUGCUGGGGAUUUUGCACCCUGCGUUUUAUGAAAACGUCUGAAGCUUUUUCCAUCAGCAGCCCUCAGGCUCUGAGGAGCUGUGUGCCAAGGAAGCUCUGUGCAGCAGGCUGUGUUUGCAGAGCUGCAGGCGGUUCCGUUCCCAAAAUGUCCUUGGGCGGACUGUUGGCUCGUGGGUUGCCAUGCCAACAGAACACAAAGAGCAGCGGUGGAGCUCUUCAGGCACUGCCAGCCACCACCUAACUGCGCUCCUCCAGUCCUCCCCCAGUCUGGGAAGGGCAUUUCCAAGGUAACAGCUUCUCUUUCCAGAGGUCAAGACAAUGGACAAUGAAAAUGAAAGUGCUGCCACUGAGAAGGUAGCACACACGAUUGUGAAAAAGGCAAUACGUACUGCGCAGGAAUAUUAUCUAAAUAAUGUGCAGAAAGAAGAAGAAGCUGAAUACGCCGUCAGAAAUAUUCAGUGGACAACAUGUGAAGACUUCUCAGUGGAGAGGGGACAGCAGCAAAUCGAAGAAUACAUUUCCCAGACAUGGGAGCUUCACAAGAGCUGGCUUCACUGCUCAGAGUUUCUCUGGGAAGAAGAUCUGCAGUACAGCAAGAAGUACCACUAUAGAGUUCUCUGGAGCAUCCCAACACGCAGAAAACCCAUCCCACUAGCAACAGCAAGCACCUAUUUUGUGAUAGAGAUCUCAAAAAUCAAACCUGCCACCCUGCCUGUGGAGGUAUUCUUCUUUCUGGAGUCCAGCAGGCUGAUUCACAGACCAGAGCACUGUCGAUUUAGAGAAAAGUGGUUGAAGGACAUCAUUGAAAAUAAAAUCAUACUCAGAGAAAGGCUUAAAUUACCAUGAACAGCUCCAACUCUGUUGGUAUUUUGAGGAGAAUCAACGCGACGAAGGAAAAAAGGUUAUUUCUUCUUAACUUGUGGAUUAACUUGUAGGUGUGGAAGCAGAAUUAAAUCAAUGUUAAACUAUGGGCUGAGCUGGCUGCUGUUUUACACGACAGUCCUUUGCAAAUAUGGGUGAGUGCAACAGGUCAGACAGAACCAGGCUCCAGCGUGCAGACAGGAAGAAGCAGCUGGGCUGGGUUUGCCAUUUGAGUGCCAGACCUGCAGAACUCUAGGGCAAAAAGAAGUUACAAGACUUAUCAGGGCAAGGAA